AUGUGUGGGCACACUACAGAGGGACAUAUCUGCAAAUUUCAGCCAUUGGCUGGCAGUAUUAACCGAGACAUCGGCCUUCUUCUCACAAAGCCCCUUUGUCCUAAAAUAGUGGACCUACCAUCAUGCUGUCAACGGGAUUCUCUGUCUACGUCAGACAAAGACAGUGUGGCUAUGUCAGACACCCUGUCUUGGUCCUGCAGUAACCCCACACCAGCUGUGACAGACCAGAACCCGAAUCUGGCCACUAAAACAGCCAUCUCUGGUUUAAUGUCUGAUAUUAAAGCCUUCUUUACAGCCGAAUUGGCAGUUUUUAAACAAGCUCUUGAAACAUUCUCUGGGCGCAUUAAGGCCAAUGAGGAGGAUAUGCAAGCUCAGUAA